GGAGAGACAGAAGCAAAGAGGUCAGCAUCAGUGCAAGUGUUAUUGUAUUGCUUACAAGAAAGGAAUUCCAGAUAAGAGAGCUGCAUUCGAAGACUGACUUGUUUCAUUUAACAAACAACGAAGUUGCAGUCCAUCUUGGCAAUGCCACGUGAACGCCUUCCUCUCAUUGGUUCUUCUGGAAAUAAAACUGUCAAGCCUCAUCUCCCGUCACGGACUCCCCAGCGUAUGAAACGCAGAAAGCGCAGCCAUCAGGAGAGACCUUCUGAUCACGACAGACAACUUCCUCUCCUCUCUGAUUCCACAGUGACACCCUGGCGAACCCUCCUUCUCUCCGACUCCUCUUUUUCAUCUAUUCAUGUGGCCCCUUCUCCAAAACCGCCUCCAUCGACCCCUCAUCUUGGCAAUCACAAUGAAGAGUUAACUUUAAGUUUCAGCUCGAGCGAUGAAGGAUGCAAAGAAUUCAUCACACAACAGAAGAUGUGGACCCAGUCAGCGACACCUCGUCCAACACGCCUCCCUCCAAUGCGUCCCAUUACCGACCUCAGCUUCUCUCGCAGCUUCACUUUCUCUUUCUUUGAGCUUCCUCUGCAUCAGUUACCUCGAUGGCGUUCCGAACAUAUGAAAAAUCUUAUGCAGCUUUUGAGACAGACACAUUACUGAUCCCACCCCCUCAGAAAUAAAACAACACAACACAACUAUUGGCUUUUAUCUGUUUUGAUCAAUUAGAAUUUUCCUAAACUCUUAAUUACGUGUGUUUGGCUUGAUCUAUCAAUUAAAUAACCUAAUGGGCCUUUUAAAUGAUGGAGCAAGCCACCAGUUUUCAGCAGCUAUCUUGGCCGUGUGGUUUUUUUUCUAAAUCCCUCAAAAUUCAAAAAGGCUCCAAUAUGCACUUUCUAGAAAAGUUGUGGUUGUGGACCGGGCUCUGAGCGUACUCUGAGAAUCUGUAAUCUGAAAGAUUUCAGAGGGGAGAGACAUUGAAGAAAGAUGCGCUUGGAACCCGACCCCAGUCAUUUUUGCAUUCUAGAAUUAUGUAUUGGUAGUGCAACUAUUCAUUUAUUUCCACACAAACCAUAAUAGAAGCAAGAGAACGGAGGUGCUGGACUAGGACUGAAGGGGGUUGUAAAAGCUCUGCAGUGUCCGGAGUUCAAGGGUUGCCCAUGCCCAAUCUCCACCCUCCUGGAGUCACGUGUGUUUUUGUGUGCUUUGCUCCCUGCCUACUUUCACUUUGGCACGUGAACUCCUGCAGCUAACCUAGCAUUCAAAUAGGUCAUCCUUUCUUGCUCAUUUGCUUGAGUUGAAAAACCUCCCUACUCAAGUUUCAUGACCUUUCACAGGCAGAAAAGUGCUUCAGAGUUAGGACAUAUUGAAGGCACACGGUAUAAAAAGUGAAGAUCCUCUGUUUUAUCAUUCCCUAAACCUUUUUUUAAAUGGACGACUCUGAGCAAAAUAGCCAUCCCGACAACGGGCAUCAUCUUGCUGUGGCCCUGGAUGAGGCCCAGCUGGAGAUUAUUGGGCAGCGAGUAAACACAUCCAUGUCCUUCUUGGAGAGGGUCAAGAUGAUGCAAUGCCGGUGUUCAGGCGCCAGGAUAAAGACCACACUGCUGGGCUUGUUUCCCAUCCUGUCGUGGCUGCCUCACUACUCCAUCAGAGAAAAUGCAGUGGGAGACCUGAUGUCAGGGCUUAGCGUGAGCGUCAUGCAUCUGCCACAGGGUAUGGCCAACGCCAUGUUGGUAGGCGUUCCUCCGGUGUUUGGCCUCUACACAUCGCUCUACCCGCUGAUCAUUUACUUCAUAUUCGGCACUUCCAAACAUCUCUCCUUAGGAACUUUUGGUGUCCUGGCCAUCAUGAUUGGAUCUGUCCCUGCCAUUGUGGAGUUGCCUAACGAUGGUGCUGAUGUGGCGGCAGCUAAAGUCAACAUAGCUGUACAACUUACCUUGCUAUGUGGUCUCAUACAGCUCCUACUGUAUCUGCUGCGCUGUGGGUCUGUGUGCCGUUGGUUGUCCGAUCCUCUCAUCAGAGGCUAUACAACAGGUGCUGGCCUGCAUGUGGUUGCCCUGCAGCUUCCCCUCAUGACCGGAAUCAUUGCACAGAGACACACUGGACUGAUGGCUUCCGCAUGGAUUUUACAUGACGUCCUGUGUGGGAUUACCAGUGUGGUACCUGGAACUCUGUCAGUCACUGCGGUUUCUAUGGUGAUACUCAUUGGUGGCAAAAUGCUGAAUAAACAUUUAAAAAGCAAGCUGCCUGUGGCCAUACCUUGGGAAGUCAUACUGAUUGUCCUGGGUACUGUGGUCUCGGUGCAGAUGGACCUGGCUGAACAACAUAGAGUCCAGGUGGUCGGAGACAUUCCUUCUGGCCUGUCACCCCCCAUCAUCCCCUCUCUCACCAUGGCCAGGGAACUGUUCAUUCCAGCUUUCUCUAUCGCUCUGGUGGGCUUCAGCUUCCUCUCAGCCAUGGGCUCUACGUUUGCCCUCAAACAUGGUUAUCACUUUGACUCCAGUCAGGACCUGCUGGCUCUGGGUUUGUGUAAUUCCAUAGGAGCCAUGUUCCAGUGUUUUGCUGUCAGUUGCUCCUUCUCACGCAGUCUGGUUCAGGAAAGCAUCGGCGUGAAAACACAGAUGUCUGGCUUGGUAUCAGCCCUGAUGAUUUUAACCAUUUUGCUAAAGAUUGGUCAUCUCUUCGAGCAGCUGCCAAAGGCAGUGUUAGCAGUCGUCAUUGUGGUGAACCUGCAGGGGUUGCUGGCUCAGUUUAAAGAUGUGCUUUUGUUAUGGAAGUCUGACCGAUUGGACUUGCUUGUGUGGUUGGCUUCACUUACUUCAACCCUAGUCCUAAACCUGGAUUUGGGUCUGGCAGUGGCCAUCGCCUUCUCCCUGCUUGUGCUCAUCUACAGAACCCAACGCUCCCCCAUUGCUGUCUUAGGUCAAAUUCCUGGGACAGACUGUUACAGAGAUGUGCAACUCUACACUGAGGCAAAGAUGGUUCCCGGAGUUACCAUAAUCCUUUGUCCCAGUCCAAUUUAUUUUGCUAACUCUGAACUGGUCUUCACUGAGAUCACACAGAUCAUGAGUCAUGCUCAGACGGAGAACCCAAUAAGAGUCGAAACCUCCUCGUCGUCCUCCACUGAUGUCCCGACACAAAGCCACUCCUUGAUUCUGGAUUUUAGCUCAGUCAGCUUCAUGGACACUGUGGCCAUGACAGCACUUUGCAAGCUCGUGGAGAACUUUGAAGCCUGGAGUAUCCGUGUUUUUCUGGCCUCAUGCCCAGAGAGUCUUUUAUCCCAGCUUCGGUAUCACGGCUGCAUUCCCAACAGUCUGCCAAGCUCCUGCAUCUUUCCAUCAGUCCAUCACGCCGUCCAUCGUUGCAUCAGCGCCCUGCCUGUGAUUCUUGAGGAAAUUACCACUGAUGCAAGAUAAAUUAGAAUGUACAACUUGGACUGCUUCCUCUGUAUGGAUGUGUUAUACCGCUCAAAACUCUGGCACCAUUCAAAAUGGAAGUCUAAAUGUUGUAGUCCAAUU